ACACACACACACACACACACACACACACACACACACACACACACACACACACACACACACACACACACACACACACACUCUCUCCCGCCGACCCACAGCCUCCUUCCCCGGCGCACAUCGCACCUCUUCUCUCCGCUAACCGCACUGCGCUCCAUCGCGGGAUGAGGGCGGCGUUACGCCCCUUUCGGAUCCAGGCUGGCACGAUGGUUCCGGGCUAUUUCUUACUGAUCUGUCCCUUUUUUAUGGUGCUUCUCCGGUCAGCUGUGCCCUGCGUUCCGCAUUUCAUACAGGCCACAGCACCACAGAAAAUAAUGGCCGGUUACGUCAUUUCUAAAGUUGAUUUAGCACGAUGUGGCUCCAAGGUUCUGCAGCUGAAAACAAGUGACCCGGACUUUGUGGUGCUGACGGACGGCACCGUCCACGCGAUCCAUGUCACCACUGUUCCACUGAGAGGCAGGACCUUUGCGAUAUGGGCUCAAGAUCAGGUCGGCCAAAGGACAAAAAUCGAUGUCAGCCUCUCUCAAGCGGCGUCUCAAGUAGGAACGGCCCUUACUCACGGGCGUCAGCCUGCAGUGUCAAGCAUAGCAGCUAGAAAGCGUUCUAAAAGGAGGUGGAGUCCCCUACCCUUCCACAUAAAGGAAAACGGCACCCCUCCGUUCCCAAAGGACAUCGAUCAGAUCAUAUCAGAUUCCUCUGUGAACCACUCAGUAUACUACACCAUCAGCGGUCCAGGAAUUACCCAGCAUCCUUUGGGCCUGUUCUCUUUGGAUCCAAGUACAUCCAUGUUGAAGGUUCACAAACCCAUCGACAGAGAGGAAUACCCACAAUUCAAAUUCCUCGUCAGGGUGUUCGAGGAAUCCACCCACAGGGAGACGGACCGUCCCCUAACAGUCACGGUCAACGUGGACGACGUGAAUGACAACAGGCCGAUGUUUGCGGGAUCCCUCCUGUUUUCCACACAGGAACAAUGUGACACAGGAACUGUAAUCGGUGAGAUCAGUGCGACCGACAUGGACGACCCGCAGACGAUUCACACCAAGAUCAAGUUCUCACUCCUGUCUGGCACCGAGAUGUUCCACAUCGGGCCCGAAACAGGCGUGCUCACCACCAGGACCGCCCACCUUGACAGGGAGGUGAAAGACACACAUUUUGUAGUUGUGCAGAUCAAAGACAUGAAUGGCGCGUAUAACGGCCUGCAAAGUACAGCCACAGCUACAAUUGUGCUAAAAGACAUCAACGACAACCCCCCCACCUUCAAAAAGUCAUCUUUUAGUGUGGCAGUGGAAGAAAACCGAAUGGAUGCCCUGAUUCUCCGCAUCCCAGUGGAAGACGGAGAUUUAGCCAGAACUCCCAACUGGAACGCUGUGUUUGCCAUCACGAAGGGAAACGAGAACGGGAAUUUCAGGAUUGAAACGGACGCUAAAACUAACGACGGCCUCCUGUACAUUUCCCAGCCUUUAGACUAUGAGAGGACCAAACAGCAGCGUCUGGAGGUGCUGGCCAAGAAUGAGGCGGAGCUUGUGGGAAGUCCCACCCCAUGGGCCUCGGUCCCGGUAGAUGUCACCGUGGUGGAUGUCGACGAGGGUCCGGAGUUUUCUGUGCAGAAUCUUCUACUGAGGAUCAAAGAGAACGUGCCGAUCGGAACCGUCAUUGGCACGUACCAGGCCACGGACCCAGAAACCAGGAGCAGAAAAGGCAUAAACUACUACAAGCUGACAGACCCCGCCUUCUGGAUAGAUGUGGGCGUGACUUCCGGAGACCUCAGGAUCAGCGGCACCGUGAACAGGGAGUCGUCAUUCGUGAAGAGUGACGUGUACAACAUCACCGUGAAGGCUGUCGAUGCAAGCUCAAAAUCAGCCACCGGAACAGUCAUGAUUCAUAUUGAGGACGUCAACGAUAACACUCCGGAGAUCCUGCCCAAAGAUCUGACUCUGUGUCACGCUGAUGGAAUGCAGACAUUUGUUCGAGUGGAGGCAGAAGAUAAGGACCUCUCCCCCUUUUCUGGACCCUUCACCUUUGAACUAGCAGAUAGGCAUGAUGGGAGAUGGACCAUAACAGGCUUCAAUGGAACCUCGGCCGUGCUACAGCCGGUGGAGGAACUGCCCGCCGGCAUCUACGAUAUUCCCCUCAUGGUCAGAGACCAGCAAGGCUUGGGCGAGGAGCAGACAGUGACCGUCAGGAUCUGCCGCUGUGCCUAUGGGGAGUGCCUUCCUCCCCGGAGAUGGGCCUCUCUGGACUGGUGGGCCAUCCUGACCAUGCUGUUGGCCUUGGUCUUGCUGCUGCUGCUGUGUAUUUUCUUUGUACUUACCUGCACUACAAAAACAAAGGAUGUUUUCAUUGAUGGCAGCCUUGACAGUGGAGGCGUUUUAUUGAAGUCAAAUACCGAGGGACCAGGUGAAGAAGUGAGCUCCAUUGCACUGAAGGCCCCCAUCAGCGAGGGUGAAGGGCGCGGACUGGUAAAGGCGACGGCCGCCGGCGGCACCGAGAGUCUGCAGAAGCGUGAGGAGAUGGUGCUCAUGGACUCGGCAGGGAGGCACGUCUCGAGGGCGGACGCUUGGGCCGCGUACAGCGGGCGCGCGAAACCCGCCGACAUGUCCGCUUAUGCCAUCUGGGAAACAAAUGGCUUGUAUCUGACGAAGAAGCUGGAGGAUUUUGCAGAGGAGGGCGAGGACCGCUACGCGGACGACGUCCUCCACGUGUACGGGUUCGAGGGCCGGGGCUCCCCCCCGGGAUCCGUGGGCUGUUGCAGCGACUUUGGGGACGACGGGGGACUGCAGUUCCUGGAUACACUGGGGCCCAAGUUCAGAGCUCUGGCUGAGGCCUGUGCCACAAAGUAAUUAUUUCUCUACAGGUUAUGUUCAAGUAGUGACCAAAAGGUGGCAUAAUGGUUAAAGGCUGUCGAUUUGAUAUGUGCAAAGUCAGACCUUCGGUUAUUAAACCAGGGUGCAGUUCUCCAGACUGGAUGGUUGUUAAGGUUUCUAGCAAAUUAAAACUAACCAAAAACAUUAAAAUUCAACGGGAAAUGUAUUGCUAUUUUCUAAAUAUGAAAUACCUAAGUGUUGCCUCAAUUUUUGUACAGCAUUUUGAAGUAUAUUUGCACAUAACAAAUGCAUAUGGUAUACACUGGACAAGAUGCAUUACCAAAACAUAGCUUUGAUAUGCAGUGGAAAUAUUUUGCUGACAUGUUUGUUUUUAUAUAUCUUUGAACGCCGACAGGAAUGCGAGCCAGUGUGAGUUUGCUUAUAUAUAUUGUUAUAGGGGCCUUUAAUUCAGCCCUGAAGCCUGUCUACUGAAGUAACACGCUAGUCUGUGCACAUUUGCACAAAGGCGUCAAAAAGGUAUUAACUCGCAUUCGCUUUUAAGGCUGUUUUACAUACAUUUGUCUCUCGGCUGCACGUCAGUUGGUUGCGAAGCAUCAAAGGGACGUUCAGACUCUCAGAAAAAUCCAUCGAAAACCAGCUCUGUUACGUAUCGUGUGAAAUCCCUUAACGAGCAAAUUUGACAUUUAUUGGAGGUAAAAUCCGUAGUGUUCCCGCCGUCUGUCAAGCCAGAUCGUUUUAAAUGGCUUUUAGUAGAUCAAAAUAUAUACGCGAUAUCUAAGUGGUUGCUAACAGUAUUACUGAUAUGUAUGGUGCCUUCCCGUGUGUGUAUGCGUGUAUUUAAAUUUUGUAAUGAAGUCUUAAGCUGUUUUCUGGUGUGUCUGCGGGACCCUUCCAUGGUGCUACUGGGCAGAAAAGUUUAUACAACAUUGUCUUUUUUUCUACUCUGGAAAUGCUUAUAUUUUGUACCCAUUUUACUGACUUUUGCCUGUAAUUAAUUUUAAAAGACGACUGAAAGUGAAAAAUGCUUUAAAAACUGAAAUUCUGGGAAGACACUGGGUAUCUUUAUGCAAUUUGGAUGCGCGAACGAGAGGACACUAUUCAGCAGAGUGUGCAGACUGUUGCACAACACGUGUGGGUUUCAUAACAGCAUGUGUGUUUCUUGGACGAGCGCUACUGUUCAGGACUCUAGGUGGCGCCAGAGAUCUGUUUUACCGGUAAUCUGGGCACGGUGCUGUUCGUGUGUUUAAAACUCACGUCCGUCUGUGUGCAGUUCUAACAUUUACCUGUUCCAUGUGUGCUUUUGGAUUCACCUGCUCUCUUCGGCUUUUUGUUCAAAGGAUUAUGGGAUAUCACACUAAUAAACAGGGUUUGAACUCCCGCGA